AUGCCCCAGAGUAGUAGCCCGUCCAAGUCGGCGGCCGGUGUCGUGAAGCAUCGCGCGUGUGAUGAGUGUCGUUCACGAAAGCUGGCUUGCACCAAGGAACCUGACGGGUGCUCGAGAUGUCGGCGGGAGGGGCUCAGAUGUGUCUACUCGGCCCAGAAGCAGAUGGGCCGGCCAAGAAAACGUAGACACGUCGAGGAGGCCGAAGGACAAUCUUCCCCCGACAAGCCCGAGAAUCAAGACCAGCAGGCGCAGAUGCCACUCAUGACGCAACCGACAUUAGACACCGACUUGUCGGCCUUCUUCACCCAAGACUACUCUAGCAUGAACUACCUUGACCUCCUCUCCCCCUUGGAAGGCCUGCCGCCUUCGACGCUGCCGCCUGAGCUGUCGAGCUUGGCCAUGGCAUACACCGAGCCGCGGUUCCCCAAUGGAGACUUCCAGUUUGGGGUUGCGGGUGUUGACCUGUUAGGUGGCAUCAACUUUGACGAAAGUGACUCUGCUGACGAGGAUUUACCUCAAGAUAUCAAUAAAAGCCUUACAGAACUGCUCUCGGCGCAAGUGCCCGAGACGGUUCCCAGUCUCUCCCCUCCUACGGCAUCAGAGACAUCAUCUCACACGGCCGCCGCAAGCACACCAGAAUCAUCUACAUCUGGCAAUCCCAAAAACGAGGAUGACACUGGCAAAGAGGUGGAUGGGGCACCGAAAGCAUACAACAACACCACUUGCUCUUGUCUAUCCCAAAUCUUCCUUUCCCUGGACGCCUUAUCGAGACUACCAAACGAUGUCAAGAUUGCAAUGGGCAUAGCCAGGUCCGCCGCGAGGGUGGCCCACGACGUCAUCCACUGCCCAUCCUGCAGUCUCACUGAUAUAACGAAGCCGCCGCCGAUGCAGGCAUUCCAAAACAUGAUGAUGCUGGGCGCCAUCCUCCCGUCAACAGCCAACGCCUACGCCAAGAUUCUCGAGCUCAUCGACAACGAAGCCUCUCAGGCCAAGAAAGAGAAGAGGAACAUCACGUUUCGCUUCGCCGAGUAUGGCGGGCUGUGGGGCGAGUUGAGCAGACGGGAUACCGACUGCGGCGCGAUAGAGACGUUUGACAAUCGAGAGAUGGACCCGGACAGCUGGAGGCUAUCCGUCAGGGGCCUGCUGAAAAUCGACAUUUACGGGCACGAUUUCCAGAGGUCAGAUGGGGCGAGAUCUACGGUACCCUACCAUCACCUCGGUCUCAAGGAUGUCAUCAAGCAGAUGGAGGAUCGGUCAAACAACCGACAUGACAAGCUCGACGAGAUGGUCGCGGCCGGGCUUCCCCAUCCGAUGCUGCACUCAGAUCAGCACCUGAUGGUUCCGCAGGGCAAGGACGACGGCAAGGAGAAUCGGCACUGCCUGAAGAUUAUUGAGAUUGCGCGUGUUGCUUUGGACAAGCUGGUGAUAGCUUAA